AUGACGAGCGCCAAGGAAACCGUGGAAGCUAAAGUCGCCGCGACCCCCAUGGUGGUGUACAGUAAGAGUACCUGCCCUUACUGUACGAAGGCGAAGUCGCUGCUGACGCAACUGGGCGCCAAGUACGACGUCGUCGAGCUAGACCAGAUCUCCGACGGCCGUGAGCAGCAGGACGCUUUGGAGGAGAUUACGGGCCAGAGCACCGUGCCCAACAUUUUCGUGGGUGGCAAGUCUAUCGGAGGCAACUCGGACCUGCACAAGCUGCACAAGGAUGGCAACCUCGAGCUGGUGCUCAAGCAGGAAGGUGCUUUGUGA